UCUGCUUCCGGCUCGAAUUGCUUUCCCAACACCCGCCUUCAACAUGUCCGAGACUGCGCCCGCCGCGCCUGCCGCACCGGCCCCUGCCGAGAAGACGCCGGUGAAAAAGAAGGCCCGUAAGGCUGCAGGUGCCGCAAAACGCAAGGCGUCCGGGCCCCCGGUGUCCGAGCUCAUCACUAAGGCUGUCGCCGCCUCCAAGGAGCGCAGCGGCGUGUCUUUGGCUGCGCUCAAGAAGGCGCUGGCGGCCGCGGGGUAUGAUGUGGAGAAGAAUAACAGUCGCAUCAAGCUGGGUCUCAAGAGCCUGGUGAGCAAGGGCACUUUGGUACAGACCAAGGGCACCGGCGCCUCGGGUUCUUUCAAGCUCAACAAGAGGGCGGCCACCGGGGAGGCUAAGCCCAAAGCCAAGAAGGCGGGCGCGGCCAAGCCUAAGAAGCCCGCAGGAGGAGCUAAGAAGCCCAAGAAGGCGACGGGGGCGGCCACCCCCAAGAAGAGCGCCAAGAAGACCCCAAAGAAGGCGAAGAAGCCUGUCGCCGCUGCUGGAGCCAAAAAAGCAAAAAGUCCGAAAAAAGCGAAAGCAGCCAAGCCGAAGAAGGCGCCUAAGAGCCCAGCGAAAGCUAAGGCGGUGAAACCCAAGGCGGCUAAACCUAAGCCCGCCAAACCUAAGGCAGCCAAGCCAAAGAAGGCAGCAGCCAAGAAGAAAUAGGAAGUUCCUUUGGCCUAAGGCUUAGAAGUUCGACACAACCCAAAGGCUCUUUUCAGAGCCACCCAAAGAUAUCAGGAAAAGAGCUGUUGGCACAUUAUUAAGGGGGCGUGGCUGGGAGAAAAAGGCAGCAAGUGAGGGGCAGUCCUCCCCAGGGUGGGUCUUGAUGGCAGCAGCUGUAGUACAACGUGACAGUCCCUUUUAGGAAACUGGUAAUAGCGUGAUUAGACUGACCAGGGAACAGGCCUGAGUGUAAGCAUUUUGUUUUAGGCUCCAGGGUGCGGAGGGAUUGGAGAUCGCUGGUUGGAAGUUGACCCCACUUCGCCCCAAAGGGCGCGGUAAGAGAGAGCACAAACUUAGGGGCAGGAACUCUCCCCCCAGUAUACCAGGCACUACGUUCUGUAGGUGUCUGGAGACUACUAAAGUGAAAUUUAAAUGUUUACUCCAUUGCAUGAAAGAUGGUUUAUCAUUUAAUGAGCCACUUGCAUUUUCUUUGGUUAACAAGGACAUGCCGACAGGCAAAAUUGGCAUGUUUGCGGGAAAAAUACUCCCAGGUAUUUUAAGCAUCAUGGUUUUUUAAUAAGUAACAAAAAUCAUCAGGACUUCUGAUGGAGAGCGAAGAGAUUAAGGAUUGUGAACUUUUAAGAGAGUGACCCAGCCCAGCACAUUAUGUGCAAGUGGUGGUUGCUUAUUGAUUAGCUGCCCAGGGCGCGGGGUAAUGUGUUUAUCGAGCUUGUUCCCCAGCCCCAGCUGGACAUU